UCAGCGCAGUCUGAGAUGAGCUCUACAGGUAUUCGGACAGAAGUCAAUGGAAGUAAAUUCAACAAAAGUGAAAAACAUAAAAUUUUAUCUGAAGUGAAAUUUAAUUGAAAAAUUCUCGAUAGAUAAUGUUUAUGAGCGCAAAUCAAAUGCAAGUACAGUUAUUUUUCAUUUGACAUAUCGUAUGGAAAGGUCUAUAUGAUAAUUUCGGAGGCAUAUACAGCAUAAGUAUUGCCGAAAAAUAAUUGAUGAAAUGAUGUCAAGCGAGGAAUUAUGCAUAUGUGGACAUAUACAGAAGUGAAGAAAUGCAUUGAGAAUAUUCGAGUGAGAGUGAGAGUAACUAGAGCAGGAUUGUUUAAUUCUAUCCUUUAUAACGAGAAGUGAUUACUUGUAAACGAGAGGAACCUGUGUGUUUGUGUGUGUUACGGGAACGGUAACAGUAAUCGAGGGUUUUCAUCAAAGUUGUAAGACAACAUCAUAUCUAAGCAUGUUGCCGACAAACGUUAUGUCGUUUAUGAAAAAGAUGGUUGCACCGGAAGAUGUGCCCCAGCAAAGUAGUAUGGAAAGCACAGGUACAUUCGGGAAACUCAAACAGACAUUAUCUUCAUCACUUUUAACGGCACAGGACAGAGUGAAUAAGAUGUCACCGAGGCCCUCCUUGAUUCCUGAUGUUGAAGCUGCUAGUGAGGCUAGUAGCGUAAGUCAAUUUACCAAUAAAAGUGAUGCUCCUAAACCAGUGGGUCGUUCUGGUUCGUGCCGGAUAUGCUUAAAAGCGUUCAAACCGAACGAGUUCAGUAAAACAUGCGUAGAAUGUGAUCAAAAAGUGUGCGAGGAUUGUGCAAGCUACAGUAAAUUAGAACAAAAUGAGGUUAUGGAAACCUUUCGCUGUAGCGUUUGUCGGAGAAAAAUGGCAUCUAGGGUGUUUCUACCCCAAGAAUCGACUGAUUCAAUUUUGGAAAUUCCAGUGCUAGAAACACUUCAAAGGCGUCAUUCUGAUGUUAAACUAGGAUCAACACUUUGCCUCAAUGUAGGUAAUGGAACAGCGUUAGCUCCCCCAAGAAGUCCGGAACUUAGGCGACAUUCGGAUGUUUCUCCAGCUUCAUUGAAAGAACUAGAAAAGCUUAAAGGUGCAAAGGCUACGGAUUCAGACUGGAAGAAGGGCCAUAGUGCAGUACCGAGCAGAGCUUCCAGUCCACCAAAGCACAUGGAAUUUGAAACAGCAGCAUCUCGAAUAGCUUCGAGGAGACCAUCUAUGCGGAUGACACGUCAGCGAAGUUAUGACGACGAAAUUAAAUCUAUCAAUAAAGAAUCCGCUAUACAAGAGCCAAGUCUUGGCCUGCCAGCACCUAUGCCACGGAGGAAGUCUGCAUACGAUGUAUUCGCACCGGGAGUUCUUGCCAGUAGUUUGCAGUCUGCUUUGAAGGAACCUGAAGCUCCAACUUCGCGCAGGCCUUCCUUCAAAAUACCAAUAGCUGACAACAGUCUUGAAAAUGAAGAAUCACCCAGUCCUGAUCACAUAUUACAAUCCGCGUUGAUCGUAGAUGAUGAACGGCGAAAUAAAAGAAGAGGCUCUCAACUACCGGAUAUUUCCGCUUUGAGAAGCAAUCAAAACGCUGGAAAUAUGCCAAUCUACCAGUGUCCUGCGCUAGAGGACUUGGAAGCUCCUCGUCGGCAGACAUCACUGGAUGGAGAUGCUAUAAAAAUUGUCAUACAUGAUGUUGAUUCUGGGCCGCUUUGCGCAUCUAAACGAAGGGUGAUACUUCAGAAGGACCCGGCUGAUAAAGCUCACAGGACUCGUGGUUUUGGAAUGCGUGUUGUGGGAGGAAAAACUGGUACAGAUGGUAAACUUUUUGCGUAUAUUGUCUGGACUGUCGCCGGCGGACCAGCAGAAAAGGGUGGUCUGCAGCAAGGAGACAAGAUACUCGAAUGGUGUGGAACAUCUCUGGUUGAUCGGAGUUUUGAAGAAGUAUGUGCCAUUAUGGAUAGAACCGGAGAUGUGAUCGAGUUGCUGGUCGAACACGCUACAGACUUCAGAAUGUGUGAUUUGUUAGACGAUGGUACAUCAGGGAAUCCUAACAAUCAGUCAAAACAAAAUUCCGACAUGUCUAACCUCGGUUUCACAGCAGAGAAUGAAACAAUUGCAGAUAAAUCACCCUCAUCACCAACGAGACGGAAACUCCCAAAAACUCCGGAACAACUCGCAAGAGAAAAACAGGUUUCUGGUCGUGUCCAAAUACAAGUGUGGUAUCACGGGGACAAGAGUGAAUUAGUUGUUUCAUUGAUGGCAGCAGAUAACCUGCCACCGCGUGAUGAUUCGUUAGGAUAUGGAGGGUUGCCAGAAGCAUACGCUUCUAUCAAAAUUUUGCCAAAAACAAAUGAAACACAUGUUAUGCAAACUGAAGUUUCAUCACCAUCCCAAAAUCCUAUUUGGAAUGCAACGAUUACGUUCCGAGCAGUGUCAAGCGACACUCUUUUCGACCGCUAUAUCGAAGUCGCGCUAUACGAUCUACUCCCACAAUCUGAGCCCAUUUUUCUCGGAGAAUGUAAAGUCAUGCUCCAGAAAGCAUUCCUAGAUGACGUUGCUGUUUGGUAUCGAUUAGACGAUCCCAAGCAACUUCGAGGUGUACCUAGUAAAACGCAUUGGUCAUCUCCACGCUGCUCAAUUUCUGGAGACGUAACAAAACUGAUCCGCGGAUCCGACUAUCGUUUCCAGCGAUCAGUAUCGGAUGAUGUGGAUAGUAUUGGAGAUGGAAGCUCCCUUUUGCACCCCGAUCAUGCGUUGGGAUUCAGCAGAAGGGGGUCUUCACAAUCUGAAACACUAGAGAUUGAAUCAUAUCAGUUGGGAAAAGAUUUUUCUAAAUCUUUACCCGGAUCGAGAAGAUCUUCAUUUCAGGAUCAAGACAAAAGUAAAAGUGGAGAAAUAUCUCCAGCUGUUGGCUACAACAUCGAAAGAAGACGGUCCUCCGUUGCUAAACGUAACACAGACGAGCUUAGACGUGCAUUCAAUCAGAGCAGAGGGGAAUUCAUUCGCACCAUGAGCCUGUCCCGCGAGCUCGAACGCAAAAAUUCUACCAAAACAUUCAAUCAGAGCCUCUCGGAGAAAAACGACGAACAAAUAGAACGAAUGUUUUCCAACAUCAACAUGAAGCGAAAUAGCAUCAGAAACUUACACAUCAAUUCCAACGCCAAUUUGUUGAUCAAUAGUCUAGGACCAGGACAAAUCUUACCCAAGGGUCUGAAUCACAUUCCCAAGAGUGUUGGAGAGCUACAUUUAGCUAUCUCUUUGGAGAAGUCCGUUCUUGAAUUGAAGGUAUUGUGCGCUAGAAAUCUUAUUCCCGAAAACUCUGAUGCAACUCCGGAUACAUACGUCAAGAGUUAUUUGAAGGAUGGAGAUCGUCUGAGACACAAAAAGAAAACAAGGGUUGUUAAGUAUUCUCCUGAACCGCAAUACAAUCAAAUGCUGAAAUAUUCGGCUUCAGAACUGUUUGGUAGAACGAUUAUAGUGACUGUUUGGCAAAAAUCUAUAGGAUUUGAACACAAUCAAAGCAUAGGAGGAGCCGAGCUUUUUUUCAACACAUAUAAAAUGAAAAAUCCUGUAGAAAGUUGGUAUCCUCUGUUUCCAUCUCACCACGUAAUACCAAGCUCCAACGACUCUCCAUAGAGGAAUAAUUUGAAGCCACAUGAAAAGUAUAUAUUUUCAAUAUAUCCGUCUGUAA